AUGGCGCUCGAAGCAGAGACAAAACGUGUCGUCGACCAGUUCGAGGUCACCGAUGUCUACUUGAACGAAGCUGUGACGGAGUUCCUCGGCCAGAUGCACGAGGGCCUCGAGAAGGACGGAACGAGCUUGUCCCAAAUCCCGACCUACGUCACUGGUGUCCCCAAUGGCACCGAGAAGGGUCUUUACUUGGCCGUUGAUCUCGGCGGCACCAACUUCCGCGUGUGCUCCGUUCAGCUGAACGGUGACACCACCUUCAACCUCACAUACAGCAAGGUCGCGAUCCCCAAGGAGCUGAUGGUCGCCAAGAAGGCCGAAGACCUGUUCUCUUUCCUGGCCAAGCAGAUUGAGCUCUUCCUGCGCGAACACCACGCCGAACACUUCGAGCAGCACGUCCGCCGUCGUCAGACCUACAGCGCCCCCGAGGGCUACCGCGACGAGCAUGUCUUCCGCCUCGGUUUUACCUUCUCCUUCCCCGUCCAGCAGCUCGGUAUCAACAAGGGCAACCUGAUUCGCUGGACCAAGGGCUUCGACAUCCCCGAUGCCGUCGGCAAGGAUGUCUGCGCCCUGCUGCAGACCGAGAUCGACAAGCUGCACCUUCCCGUGCGCGUCGCCGCUCUCGUCAACGACACCGUCGGAACUCUUAUGGCGAGAUCCUACACGUCCACCGGCAAGUCUGGCUCGAUCCUCGGCGCCAUCUUCGGUACCGGCACCAACGGCGCCUACCUCGAGAAGCUGUCCAACAUCAAGAAGCCCAUUGUUGGCGACUACGAGGCUGCCACCGGCGAAAUGGUCGUCAACGUCGAGUGGGGCUCCUUCGACAACCAGCUCAAUAUUCUUCCCAACACCCCUUGGGAUGCUCAGCUUGACAAGGACAGUGUGAACCCCGGUAUCCAAAUGUUCGAGAAGCGCGUAUCUGGCAUGUUCUUGGGCGAGAUCGUCAGACUGACCAUCCUUGACAUGCUCAAGGACGAGAAGCUGUCCCUCUUCAAGGACGCCAACUCGAGCUUCAACGACUGGAAGUCCACCACCGACAUCAGCCCCCAGUCCGGCAUGUUCAAGCAGUGGGGUCUCGACAGCGCCAUCAUGUCUGUUGCUGCCGCCGACAACACCCCGGAGCUCUCCACUCUCCGCCAAGAGCUCGAGUCGGUCCUCCACGUGUACAGCCCCUCUCUCGAGGACGCCCAGGCCUUCAAGGCUGUCGCUGGCGCUGUUGGUCGCCGCGCUGCCCGUCUCUCCGCUGUCGCCAUCGCUGGCAUUGUCAUCCAGUCCGGCAAGCUUGAGGACCCCAACGAGGAGGUCAUUGACAUUGGUGUCGACGGCAGCUUGGUCGAGCACUACCCCUUCUUCCGCGACAUGAUCUACGAGGCCCUGCGCGCGAUUGACAGCAUUGGAGCCAAGGGUGCUGAGAAGAUUCGUAUUGGCAUUGCCAAGGAUGGCAGCGGCGUUGGCGCUGCACUAAUUGCCCUCGUGGCGGCUGGCAUGGAGAAGGACUCGGACGUCUUGACGGAGUUCAGACAGAACGUCAAGCGCGAGCUCGAUACCAUCCCAACACCACGUAAGUGUCUUGCACCGGUGACGGAGCACUGCGAAAACGCCGAUACAAUCCCCGUUGUUGUCCCCUCAAACUAA